CACUCGCUGUCCUUCGUGUAGCUGUCCUCCAUCGACCACGGCCAUGGCCAGCUUCUCCUGCAAGAUCAUGGCUUUGGCUCUCGUUCUCUCCCUCGUUUCUUCCUCUGCGGAGCUCCAGAAGCUGGACCACUCGAUCAAGAACGAUGGAUCUCUCAGCCUGUUAGUAAUCGGUGACUGGGGAAGAAAAGGGGAGUUCAAUCAAACUCAAGUGGCAACUCAGAUGGGAAGGAUCGGGGAGGAGCUCGACAUAGAUUUCGUGGUAUCCACCGGCGACAACUUCUACGACAGCGGCCUGACCGGCGUCGACGACAAGGCAUUCGAGGAAUCAUUCACCAAUGUGUACACAGCAAAGAGCCUACAGAAGCAAUGGUACAGCGUUUUGGGGAAUCAUGAUUACAGGGGCGAUGUGCUGGCACAACUGAGCCCUGUCCUCCGAGAACUCGAUAACAGAUGGCUCUGCUUGAGAUCCUUCAUCCUUAACGCAGAAAUUGUGGACUUCUUCUUUGUGGAUACAACUCCCUUUGUUGAUCAUUACUGGAACAAUCCCGAGAGCCAUCACUACGACUGGAGGGAAGUCGCCCCGCGCCAAAGUUACGUCUCGAAUCUGUUGAAGGAUUUGGAUUCAGCACUGAAGGAAUCAAGAGCAACAUGGAAGGUUGUAGUAGGACACCACACAAUAAGGAGUGUGAGCAUACAUAGAGAUACAAAGGAGCUCCUCUCAUCACUCCUCCCAAUUCUUAAGGCUCAUGGAGUUGAUCUGUAUGUAAAUGGACAUGACCACUGCCUCGAGCACAUUAGCAGUAAUGACAGUCCAAUCCAAUACCUAACCAGUGGAGGUGGUUCAAAGUCAUGGAGGGGUGUCUUCAAUUCGAAUACCGACAAACUUCGAUUCUUCUACGAUGGCCAAGGGUUCAUGUCCCUGCAGCUGACCAAGGCCAUGGCUCAGGUGGUGUUCUAUGAUGCAUUUGGCUGUGUUCUUCACAAAUGGAGUGUGACCAAAGAGCUUCAUAGCUCAAUGUAGGAGGGAAGAACCCUGAUUGUGCCACAAUCCUCAAACUAUUAGUUGUAUCAAGAUUCAACGAUAACAUUUACUACGAUUGGUCAGUUUCAGAUGACUUCUACAUGGAUGCUAGCCAACUGUUUGUUGUCUGAGAAUCUGAAACUUAGUAAAGCCUCCCAUUGUUCCUAUA